UGCCUGGGUGGCAAGUGGCUGUUUCUGAACAAAACAGAACUGUGUUAUCGAGGCUGGGAACGCUACGGCCCUGGGCACAACCUUGCUAAUAGCACGACUACAGUCACUAUCGUCCUGGCUGCAGUGAUUGUCCUGAUCAUCGGGUUUGGUGUCUCAGGAAAGCGCUCCAUUGGCGUGACGACGCUGCCGUCGGCAGGGAACAUCGGCCGGCGCGGGGUCCUGGGCUGUACUUUCGAGCCCGACGUCUGGGUGGGCAGCGUAGCCAUCCGGUGGGCCAAGCUGGGCACAGCUGGGCUGGUUCAUGAGUUUAAAGGUGGGAAGGACGAGCUGCAGGAACAAGACGAGUCGUUUCGGGGCCGCACGGCGGUGUUUGCAGACCAGGUGACAGGUGGCAACGCUUCCCUGGAGCUGAGGGACGUGCAGCUCUCCGAUGCAGGCACCUACCAGUGCUCCGUCACCACGGCCAGGGGGAGCGGGGCGGCACAGCUGCGGUACAGGACAGGAGCCUUCAGCACCCCCGAGGUCCACGUGGAGAACAGCAGCAGUAGGGAGACGUUGCAAUGUGAAGCACCACGCUGGUUCCCUCGCCCCACCGUGCGCUGGACAGCCUGCAGUGACACUGGAGAGGACCUACUUCACGUUGCCAACACCAGCUUUGAGCUGAACGCUGAAAACAUCACUCUGAAAGUGGUUUCCUUUCUGCACAACAUUACUGCUAAUGCCACCUACACCUGCGUGAUUGAAAACAACGUUGCCAAGGCUACAGGCAGCAUCAAAGUGACAGAUUUCAACAUUACAAGGGGGACCAACUUGCAGCUGGUGAACCUGAAUGCAGAGUCUGUGUCCUCCUCCCUUCCACCCUGUCACUGGAUGCUUCUGCUUCCUCUGUAUCUGCUGUCAAUAUAAAGCCUCUAAAAAACAACCAGAAACACUGCUGGACCUGGAGAACAUCACACAGUUACACUGACAGCAGGACGCACUUCAAGCUUUCCUCCCUCUCAGGCUGAGAACUUUAAGAGCUUCUCCCAGUUCCAGAGCAUGCAGUAGCACAGACAUGAAGCCAGCUGAUUAAUCUCUUCCACUACAGGAUGCUUCUUCCACUACAGGAUGCUUUGUUUGGCUUCAGAAAGAGAACAAGGAACAUGAUAAGGAGAGCUGCAUAAAUAAAGGAAAAAAAUCUGAUUGCA